AUGAAUAAUAAUUCAAAAAAUUCAUCAUUAAAGUUUUCAAUCGAUAACAUCAUAAAUGGUAAUAUCGGACACAAUGAAGACCAGGACAUCAAACAGCCGCCGUCAUCACAUAAUUCUUCGCCAAUUUCUUGGCCAUCGCUAUCAUCUUAUGGACUAAAUGAUGAUAUGCAGCCAAAUUGUAUUGAUUUUCUAAAUUAUUGCCAAUACUUUCAACAAUUGUGCGAUUAUAAGGAACGGGAGAAAACAACAAUAAUUGGUAGUAGUCUUCAUCAUAAUCAUCAUCAUCAGCAUCGGGACAAUUGUGAAGCAAAUAGAAGUUCAUCGUUGGACACAAUCAGAAGAUUUCGCAAACCAAGUAUUGAACGUAAGCCACGACAGGCCUAUAAUACCAAACAAUUGGAAAGACUUGAAAAUGAGUUUCAGAAUGAUAAGUACCUGAGUGUAAGCAAACGCAUGGAGCUAUCAAUUGCUCUAAAUUUAACAGAAGUUCAGAUUAAGACAUGGUUUCAAAACAGACGGACUAAAUGGAAGAAACAGAUGAAUAUUUAUGAGACUAACAACAACUCUGCAGCUAUUAUUGGCGGCAAACAUACCAACGAUAGUAUUGCACAUUCAUUAAGACACUGUUUGAUCUGA